AUGUCCUUUACAUCAGAGCAGAUCAAUUCAGAAAAGAACAUCCUAAUGCUAGACUCCCAAAUUCACAGGGAAUUCGGUCAAUUCAGACUCAUUUUUGAAGCAACCGGAGUUACCCACCAAUAUCGAAUCAAGACCUUUCCAGAUACCGCCACAGGGCCAAUACGAAAUUUACCUAAAAAUCGGCUUGUCAAGUUCAGGAUUCACAAAGGUAGUUGGGAACUUCCAGACCCUAAACUUCUCGAAAUACACGCUUGUAUUGGAAAGUUUUUACAUUUGAGUGGCCAGGCGGAGAUAAUCGACAAGGUCCUAAAAGAUUUCGAAGACUGUGGUGGGCUUGCCCCGAGUGGAAGCACCAACAUCGAAGACCUUCUUGCAGUGAGCAGCCUCUCACUACUACCCUCGAUUGUCAACGAAACGCCCGAUUCCCAAAAGUUUACAGAGAAGUAA